AGCAGCAAAAAGGCGAUCAUGGCUGCAAGCGGUAGAACGGUUCUAUCCUCGCUCCGACCAUGAUCUCCCCGAGAGAUCUGUUUCCGAUACCCCGCCCGUCUCUUCUCCCUCUCCCCCGGUGAAUCAACCAAUUGCGACAGUCAUGAGUGGGAUCCCACCCGGAUCCCCCUCGCCAGCCGUAACCAACUUAUAUCUUGCCCAGAUGAUCCAUACAGCCACUACCAAACAGUCCGAAUGGAUGAGUAAUUUGAUCAAAAUGCAGGCCGCCCAUACGGAAAGGAUGGAGCAGAUAAUGAGCAGGUUGAUCAAGCCUAACCCGACCCCUGCUCGGCCUGCCCCUGCGUCAUUUCCAAUCCUACCUGCCCCACCUACUCCAGGUUGCGCACCUCAGUUCCCUCAUCUAGCGAAUCAGGCCGGAAAGAUCGAGUGUUUUAACUGCAAACAGCCUGGACAUUUCGCCCGCGAUUGCCCGCAACCCAGGCGAAGUCAGCACCCACCUGCGGCGGCCCCCGUGACCCUGAAUCAAGGACAAGUGGCCGCUUUGAUGGAUACGAACCAAGGAGGAGAACUCGGGGCAUAUGCCCCCGAGCAGCCUUCCCCGUCGUUGAUAACAGCGUCAACCUCGAGAGCUUCUUCCUCUGACGCCGCUGACGUGGUCGACCCUCUCGAGUAUCUCCAUCUCGCAGGCAUGAUCGGAGCAAUCCGAUCGGUCCCAGAUGAUCUCGAGUGGGACGAUCGCGAGUCCAAUCCAGGACCGCAGUUUCGGACAAGAGACAUUGACGUACUGAGAACACUCCAGCAGUUGGACAUUCGCGUGCCCGUCCCAGUGGGACAUCUGCUCACCAUAUCUGAAGUGGCGAACGAUAAGCUUCUACAACAAUGCCAGAAAAAUCAAAAGCGUUUUACUUAUCAGCGCAUACAACGGAUGUUGAAAAAGAAGGAAGGAAGCGAGGAAGUCGCGUCUCCCGAACCUGACACAAAAGAGCCCGAACCUGAAGUCGCCCGUAUAGCAGCGAUCUCUUUUGUAGAAAAGGAUCACUUCGUACGAGCUCGACCGGUGCUAUGGAAAAGUGCGGAAUGUGACUGUGAAGUUUGGGGCAAGCUGUUCAAUGCCCUUAUCGACACAGGGUCGUCAACAGUGGCCAUAUCGUUAGAUACCGUCAAGAAGACGGGGCGACUUAAGUCCAUUCUUCCUCAAUUUGGCAAGGACAACUAUGUCUCUGCCGACGAGGAAACAAUGAACAUUGUAGGGAUUAUCGAAAACGUGGCUGUAAAAGUCGGACGAGUACACGUCCUAGUUAACGCACUUGUAAUCGACGUACGUUUCAAGAUGGCGCUUGAGAAGUGUCAAUUUUUUCUCACCAUCAUUCCCUUCCUGGGGCACGUGGUGACGGACAAGGAACUCCAACCGGAGCCGCUGAAGGUGGCAGCUGUUAGGGACGCGCCAGUGCCUACCACUAUCACGCAAGUUCGCGCCUUCCUGGGCCUAGCCUCGUAUUACCGAAGAAUUAUCAAGGGCUUCGCGGCGAUUGUGGGACCCCUCACAAAUCUCCUGCGAAAGGAUCAACCAUUGAUCUGGACGCCGGAGUGCGAUCAAGCGUUUUCCAAACUCAAGGCUGCUCUCAUUUCGGCUCCGGUCCUUAUAAGACCAGAUCCCGAAAAGCCUUUUGUUCUCAUCACCAACUGGCAGCCAGAGGCGAUUUUGGCGAUCCUUGCCCAGGUGACGUGGACGGGCACUAGCGAGCAUCCCACGUGGAUCGAGAAUCCGGAGCUGUUGAUCAUACAGGGUUGGAGGACUAACACGGAAGGAGAUCUCAUUGGAUUCCUCUUUGGGUCGGUACGACCAGGGCGCUGUUACUUGAUAGCACAGGAGCUCAUCGCACCGAUCGUGCAAUUGGCGGACGAUCUCUCGCCCGACAUUUACUUUGAAAACAACAACAGUCCCGCUCCGUACAUUUUCGAGCGGUCCUUGGAUCCGUACCUCCAGUGGACUUCGUGCUUGGAGGAACCUAGGGACGAGGAUACCCUACCAUCGCGGCAGAAAUAUCUGAAGCCGUACAAGAUCCCUUACGCCUUCUACCCGAGGGCAGAAGAAGUGGUGAUCAACGACGACGACGACGAAGAAGAUGGCGACCCUGCAGCCGCCACCUCAAGUACCGCACGACGGAGACGGCGCCGAUCCCCCUCCUCCUCCAGCCCCACCCGUCCCCCAGUUCGCCCAUGUACGGAUGCGGGCGAUAGGCCUUUGUCCUCAGACGCUGUCCCGCCGGCCCCUUGAUUUCCUCACCCUCAAAAAGAUCUGUACCCCCAUCACCUUCCCUUCCCACCCUUUCCAUCCCCAUCUCUUCCGUGA